UGGAGGGUGUUCAUGAAGACGUGCAAGCAAUGAGUGCCUGCUGUCAGGAUAUGACCAGUCGUCUAAAACUAGCAAAGGAACAGACACAAGAUCUGAUAACUAAAACUACUAAGCUUCAAUCAGAAAAUCAACGAUUAGAAAUCCGAGCUGAGGUAGCAAAUGCUUUCUUGUCUAAGUUUCAGCUAACUGCAGAUGAACUGAAUAUCCUUCGAGGCCCAAGAGAAGGACCAAUUACAGAGGACUUUUUUAAAGCACUUGGAAAAGUGAAGCAGAUUCACAAUGAUGUCAAGAUUCUAUUACGAACAAACCAGCAAACUGCAGGACUGGAAAUUAUGGAACAAAUGGCACUCCUCCAAGAGACAUCAUAUGAAAAACUUUACAGAUGGGCGCAAGCUGAAUGUCGAACCCUGACUCAAGAAUCUUGUGAUAUUUCUCCAGCACAGACUCAAGCUAUGGAGGCCCUGCAAGACAGACUUGUGCUCUACAACUACAUUCUUGAUGAGUUUGGCACAGCCAGGAGGAGUGCAGUGGUUCGUGGUUUUAUAGAUGCCCUCACCAGAGGUGGGCCUGGUGGAACUCCUCGGCCAAUUGAAAUGCACUCACAUGACCCUUUAAGGUAUGUUGGGGAUAUGUUAGCAUGGUUACAUCAGGCAGCUGCUUCAGAGAAAGAACAUCUUGAAGUUUUGCUGAAGCUUGUAACUAUGCAAGGUGUGCAAGAUAAUAUUCAGCAGGUGGUGGGACACAUCACUGAAGGAGUGUGCAGACCUUUAAAGGUGCGUAUUGAACAGGUUAUAGUAGCAGAGCCUGGUGCAGUCCUAUUGUACAAACUCUCCAAUCUCCUCAAGUUUUAUCACUAUACUAUCAGUGGAAUUGUAGGAAACUGUGCAGCUACACUGCUGACCACAAUUGAAGAAAUGCAUGUUCUCAGCAAGAAAAUGUUCUUCAAUAGCCUGAGUCUUCAUGCCAGUAAAUUAAUGGAUAAGGUUGAACUCCCUCCUCCAGACCUUGGACCUACCACUGCCCUGAAUCACACUUUGUCCCUCUUACGUGAAGUUCUUUCCUGUCAUGACUCUUCGGUUGUUCCACUGGAUGCACGACAAGCAGAUUUUGUCCAGGUACUUUCCUGUAUAAUGGACCCACUAUUACAGUUGUGUACUGUAUCUGCCAGUAACCUUGACACUGCUGACAUGGCAACAUACAUGGUGAACUCUCUAUACAUGAUGAAAACAACUUUGUCUCUCUUUGAAUUUACUGAUGAGCGACUUGAGAUGCUUCAGUUUCAGAUUGAAGCUCAUUUAGAUACUUUAAUAAAUGAGCAGGCUUCAUUUGUAUUAACCAGGGCAGGAUUAAGCUACAUUUACAACAGCGUACAACAACACAAACCAGAGCAGGGUCCUUUAUCCAAUCUCCCUAAUAUGGAUGGAGGGUCACUGAAAGCUGCCAUGGUCCAGUUUGAUCGCUAUCUGGCCUCUCCUGAUAGUCUAUUAAUGCCACAACUGAAUUUCAUUUUAAGUGGAACACUAAAGGAAAGAAUUUUCAAGCGAUCCACAGAACUAGUGUGUGGUGCCUACAGCAACAUCUACACAGCAGUGAUAAACCCAACCAAUGAGUACAAGGAACCAGCAACAAUCCUGCAACGAUCUCCACAGCAAGUGCAGACAUUGCUAUCCUAACUAAUUCCAAGAGGGACUAGUUCAUGCCAGUGUCUCCACAUCACAUGUUUUGCUUUCCCUCGAUAAUCUAUCAAAAUUUGCUUUGGAGUUGUGAGCAUAUUUCCUUUUAACGUAUCCAACUAAUAUCAAUGUUACGAAGCCAUCUUCAGUUCACAGGCAAGGAGGCUAGGGAUUUAAUUUUAAUCUGAUUAUCAAAAAUAUAUGUAUUCGAAGGGGAAGAUUUUUUCUGAUUUCUGUGCAAUGGUGCAAUUUAUACUGAAGAUGGAAUGCACCAUUUCCUUACCAUUAUGUAGAUACUGUAUGAAUGGAAGCUUUCAUAUAUACAAUAUCAAGUGUAAUAUCCUCAACGCUAGACUAUCAAAUGUAUAGUCUGUACUUGAUGUUUUAUUCAGUUUUAUAUGAAUUGGAAGCGGUUUAAAUUUCAAUGAAAUACAAGAGACAUCAUUGACUAAAAAGAGAGGGAUGACUGUUUGCAACUCAUUUGCAUGUGUCACAAAUAUGGUAAGCACAAGGAAAUCAGUAGUGAAUGUUAUAUUUUCCACCAGAAGAAAAAGUCAUCCUUUAUAUGCAAAUAAUUUGGACAGUUUGUAAAUAAUAUGCACCUCAUAAAAACUCUGUUUAAAAGUGUGUUAGAAAGGAGACAGAAAAUGUUAAGUAAAAGGUUGGUUCAGUCUUCUUGUUCAAAUUUCAAGAUUUGAAAUUACUGAAUUAUUUUGUACAGUAUGUAAUAAAUCAGUUACAUUAGGUGAUGGUAUGGUUUAUGGAAAAUAUUCUGCCUUAAAUUAAAAUUUUGAUCAAGGAA